AUGAAGCUUCCAUUUGCAGCAUGUGCGUUGCUAGGUGGCAUCACCAAGAUGAUCGUUGCUUCUGCUGAGCUCGGCGACGUGAGCUAUGAUGACCAAGGACCUGGCACAUACUGUAUUACCUAUCUUUCCACAUACUUGUCACCUGUUUCCAUAGGUACUGAGCUUCCCGAACCUUCCCAGAAUGCUACUGAGCCCGAUCAAACAACUUCAUUGAGUACUGGUGACGAAGACCGCUUCUCAUCAGACGUCAAUCCAAACCUGGUCACUACACUCAGUACAGAGCAGUCUUCGUCAGCAUUAGUGACAGAGCCAACGGCGGUGGACUUUGAUCCAACUGGUCGACGGAUUAUCUUCGCUAUAACCCCUUCCGAGGAAACUAGGAAGCGAGACAUUGGCGGGUUUGUUGGCAAUGACAUCUGCACCUUCGCCACUGUCUUCACCCUUGGAAACGGUCGUCUCUUCGAUGCAGGCAUACCCAUUUCAUACCUUGGUGAUGCUUUCCAACUAUUCCAAUCAUCAUCAGUACCUACUGUGGACGACAUAACUACUACCUUUAGUAAUAGUGGAGGAUCCCUCCGGUUUAUCAACCCUAGACUUCCUGGUAGCCAGGCAUCAUUUUGCCAGACAUCCUCCGACGGCGAGGUGUAUAUGACAUUCACGUCUAGGCCUCAAGGUUGCGUUCCUGUUUCUCUGACCAUUUAUGGAGUUGAGCGAUGCAUCAACGGUCGGAUCGAUGGCCUGGACACUUCGACUGCCGCCAACACCCAGGUAGAGAGUACACAAGCUCCAGAGCUACCCUCUUCCGAAGGUUCGGUUUCCAUAUCACUACCGGACGUGACAGACGAGGAGACAGUUUUCCCUACCAUGACGAUUGACCCUACACGCCCUCUAUCUUUUAGCAACUUCACUUCCCAGCAAUCCACGGUCAAACUCCCGUCCUUCACCAAUGGCAUUGAGCUCCCCUCUCUCCCCCCCUCGAGAUCUGACAAACCAACCCCUUUUGAAACAGAAACAUUAACACCGACCUUUUUCGGUACCUCUGAAGAAGUACAGAGCUCUCUCGAAGCAAAGACAUCGGCAUUUACCAGUACACUCGCUCUACCUGUCUUCGAAAGUUCUUCUUCUAUAAAUGAGUUGCCCACCGCGAGUUUAUCGACGUCUGUUUUUGCCACUUCUAGCUCAUAUAUAUCCACUAGCGACGAAGUUUCUUUAUCCUCGUCUUUCUCCACUCCUUCUCUCUCCUCAGAUACAACAUUAUUGACAGAAACUUCUGAUUUUUCGUCUAUUCUUACAUCUUCAAUCGAAUCAACCUUACCGGAAACUACAGCUUCAAUCGAAUCAACUUUGCCGGAAACUAUAACACUGCAACCGACUUCAGAGGGACCAACUACCACCACGGUCAUGGAAUCGACGACAACGACUGAAGAACCUAUCAUCAUCACGAACGCUAUUCGUAACGGAAGGUUUGCUAUGCCAAACCCCAAUCCUGAGCGUGGUAUCAUGGGUUUUGCGACGGAGGGCGGUGCCAUAUAUCAUAACGGAGACUGUUUCAGUGGAGAUGCCGGCUCCGAUGACGGAUGCGCCGUCCUCAAAACAUCCAACGACAGAAAGAGGGCUACAGACUCCUUUGCCGCUAUAUCUCAGAUGCUCACCUCUUUGAGUCCAAGCAGCACUGUUCUUUAUACACUGCAGUUCUACUACAGUGUAAUCACUAUUGGAUUAAACCAGGCGUGCACAAUUGAUGCAUAUCUUGGAGAGCGUCAAGCCUUUUCACAAGGCGUUUCCACUGGUGAUGGUGCGAGCACAUCGUGGAACAGAGUAUCCACCACCAUGGAAGCCGAUGCACAGAGCGCGAGCUUGAGUAUCUCAAUGUCUUGCUCUGGUAGUGGAUUAGCAACGAUCUACAUUGAUUCAGUCUUUGUCUCCAAUGAAGUCACGCCGGAUAAUAUUGAUGCUCACCAGCUCGAGUUUGGAGAUGCCGAGGUUCCCCCUCAAGAAACCACUGGUCGAAGUGAUGAAUCAACGCAAAUCGCGUCAACAUCAAGUAUCGAUGAUUUCUCCACUACCUCACAAACCACAACUGCAUCGGAAACUCCCACGGAGGUUUGCAACUACACUCACGGCGAAGAAUGUGCACGCGAUCCUUCCAAAUGGCCGCCUGAUGGCAUGUGUGAGUUUUAUGGCCUUUUUAACGGGGAGACGUGGAAAGAGUCGCGGAGAGAUUACCCACACCAGGACAACGCUAUGCAGUGUGUAGCCAUCUGCAAGUCGAUACCGGACUGCCAGUCAGUUGGCUACUUCGAAAAUGAGAACCGUUGUUUAUUCACAAAUACCGUGAUAACCCGAGAUGCCUUUACAAUUAUCGAGGGACGUGACAAUUGGAAAAACUCCUAUUGGGUGGACCAAAGGUGUUGGAGUUGUCCAGAUUGCGUUGAUGAGUCUGUCCCCAAUACACCUUCUGAAAUGUGUUCAUACACACAAGGAGAUCUUUGUACACGCAGAGAUGCACCAGAAGGAGUCAUCUGUAAUACUGAAGCUUGGUUGGCAGGAAUGUACAUCCUUGGCGAUCAAGUGAUUGAUCAAUAUCCUCACCAGGACUCACCCGAAGCAUGCGCCGCUAUCUGCCGUGCCUAUCAUGGCUGCAAGGGCUCCGGGUUCAAAGACGGCAGAUGUAAACUCUCUGGUUUCAAGCUUGCUACAUCCGGCGGGAUCAUUCCACUAGAUCUGAACAGGGACCCGUCCUGGAAUUCCCUUUGGGAUGAUCCAGAAUGUUUCACUUGCCCAGGUUGUAUUGACUAG